AUGGCUGCCGUAACGUCGCUCGUCAUUGAAAUCGGUUCCUGUAGCAUCACGGCAGAGAGGCUUGUCUCGCAAGCCCAGGCCCCGAAGCUGCUACAGCGUCCACGAUCAGCGUUCUUCGCGCAAUGCCCGCCGAAAGCACUCGUUUCUUGCAAGUCCCAAACCACGAGACGCGUGCUCCGAGCGAUAGCAGCAUCUGACAGCAGCACCGAGACGUCGGCGGCGGCGAGCGGCGGAGCAGCGGAGUAUCUGGAGGUGUUGAUAGAGUCGGACGCGGGUGUGAGCUAUGAUCACCUUCAGGACAAGCUUGCCGCGGGGCAGUGGGAGGAGGCGGACAACGAGACGCGGAGGCUGCUGUGCGUUCUAGCCGGCGAGGCCGCAGCGAAGCGCAAGUGGGUGUACUUCACGGAGGUACAGAACAUUCCCGAUAAAGACCUCCUGACAAUUGACCGGCUUUGGCGGGCGUACAGCAAGGACCGGUUCGGGUUCAGCGUGCAACGGAAAAUGUGGCGCGCGCUGAGCCGACAGUGGAAGCCGUUCUUUCUGCAGAUCGGGUGGACGUACGGCCCCAACAGCACGUACAAGAAAUUCCCGAUGGAAUUCUCGUGGGAACUGGACGCGCCCGUGGGCCACCUGCCGCUGACGAACGCUCUGCGAGGCACGCAGCUGAUUGAAAAGUUAUUCACGCAUCCCGCGAUGGCCGUGUUCGACGCCGACGAGACGAUGCCGGACCUCGACACCGUGCCCAGCGUAGUGGCCGCGGAGCCGGAGAAGGGCAGCGUCAGUCCCAGCAGUAGUGGAGCCGCGGGAGGUACGAUGUUUGACGAAGGCUUCAACAGCGCCGAUUACGGGUUCUGA